CUGACAAUGUUGUUUUUUAGAUAUAAUAUGUCGGACGAGGAGGAGACUAUAUCCCUGUCUGAGGGUGAGAGUGAGGGUGAAGGUCCUAAUAUUCGUCCUCCACAGCCAGCAGGGCAAUCUAAACACAAACAUAAGAAAAGCAAGAAAAGUAAAGAUUGGAAAAACAACGACAGAAGAGAUAUUGACAAAAGACAGCACAGAGAACGAAAGAAAAGUGAACGCAACGAUCGAGACAGAAGAGUUGAUAGAGACAGACACAGAAUACGAGAUAGAGAUAUUAGAAGGGACAGAUCAGACGAUCACGGAGGUGAUCUCCGGCAUAAGAUCAGUAGAGAGCGAUACGACCGUGGUGGUCAGCACAGGAGCUACUCCAGGGAUGGGGAGAGAACUAGGUAUGACAGGGAGAGGACGGAUGAGACUGCAGAGGAGCGGGAUAGAAGAAUAGAACAUGAAGAUAGAAUGAACAGAAUUAUCCGGUCUAAUAAAUAUAUGGAGGAAAGUAGGAAAGAGGUUGAAGCGAGGAAGAAAACAAAAGAAUUAGAGAAGGAAAUGAAAAGAUUAACUGCGGUAUUAAAAAGAAAGAAGGCUGCUAGGAAUUCCCGAUCUCGAAGUAGAGACCGUAAAAAGAAGAGAAGGAAGAAGAGCGAGAGCACAGAAGAAUCUGGUCAGGAAAGUGAAGGAGAUGAAGCAGUUAAGGGAAGUGGAAGUGAACAAGAGGCUGAGGAUGACGAGGAUGGAAGUGAUGAAAGUGAAGAGGAGAGCGGAGAUGAAUCUGAGAGCGAGGCUGGUUCUGAUGAUACAACAGGAUCUCAGAAGUCGGAGGAAACUCCGGAGCACGAGGAGUCUUCCGACGAAGGAGAAGUCGAGGAUGAAGAGGACGAGAAGAAAAUGGAAGUUGUUGCGAGCAAAAAAGUCGAGGAGGCACCUGAAGAGGAGGAGAAAGAGGAGCUGGAGAAAAUGCAGAUUGAAGAGAAGAGUCCUCCUAUUGGUGGAAAGUGGGCGGAACAAUCACCUGAUCGAACCCCCUCAAGGUCCCCAACUCCACUUAAGGAAGUCAGUGGGAAUGACUCCGACAGAAGCCCGAGAAGGAAAAAUGAUUCUGGUGGUUCUAGAUCUCAUUCUCCGUCUGGUAGUCAGCAUCUUGAGUCUCCUCCAUUGAGUCCAGUUCCGUUGAAAGACGAACUUCCCCCCUUCCUACCAAGUGUUCACGGUUGCCGAAGUGUGGCCGAGUUCAAAUGUUUGAACAGGAUCGAGGAGGGAACCUAUGGGGUUGUAUACAGAGCUCGGGACAAACGAACCCAAGAGAUCGUAGCUCUGAAAAGAUUGAAGAUGGAACGAGAGAAGGAAGGUUUUCCAAUUACAUCUUUGAGAGAAAUUAACACCCUGCUCAUAUCCCAGCAUCCUAAUGUUGUAACGGUGAGAGAAAUAGUGGUCGGCUCCAACAUGGAUCAGAUAUUUAUAGUUAUGGACUUUGUGCAUCAUGAUCUAAAGGGUUUGAUGGAGACGAUGAGAAAAAAGAAUCAGGUGUUUCUGUGUGGAGAGAUUAAAUGUUUAAUGAUUCAGCUGCUGCGAGCCAUUAACCAUCUUCACGAUAACUGGAUCCUACACAGAGAUCUUAAAGCUUCCAACCUGCUCCUCAGCCACAAUGGAAUCCUGAAAGUCGGGGAUUUCGGUUUGGCCCGUGAGUACGGUUCUCCGCUCAAGGCGUACACGUCUGUUGUGGUGACCCUGUGGUACCGAGCUCCUGAACUACUUCUAGGAAUCAAGGAGUACUCAACCUUCAUCGAUGUUUGGUCUAUCGGUUGCAUUUUUGGGGAGCUCUUAUUAAUGGAACCUCUGUUUCCCGGUAAAUCUGAAGUUGACGAACUGAACAGAAUAUUUAAGCUGUUGGGAACUCCAAGUGAGAAAGUUUGGCCCGGUUACAAGGAGCUCCCUGGUGUGCAGAAAAUGAAGUUUGUUGAUCAUCCAAUCUCCCAUCUUCGUGAUAAGUUCCCUGAGAAAAUGUUGUCGGAGAAGGGAUUAAGUUUACUGAAAAGUCUGCUCACAUACGAUCCUAAAAAUCGCGCUUCUUGUGAGAGCGCGAUGCGUGCUGAAUACUUUCGCGAGGAUCCGCGUCCUAUUGAUCCAAGUAUGUUCCCAACCUGGCCUGCCAAGUCGGAGCAAGAACCCGGAGACAAAGUGAAGAAAGUGUCGAGUCCCAAAGCCCCAUCAGGUGGAAUGGCGUUUAAGAAUAUGGAGGAUGACGAUGAGGCCCGGGCUCGUGGAUUAUCUAGUAUGGAUUCUUUUAACAAACCAUCUGCUGGAUGGAACCUCAAGUUUUAAAGAUAUUCUCCCGGCUCUCUCAGAUACAAGUAUUUUAAACCUUGGUGUUUUAAUAUGGAGAUAGAUACGGUAUCCUAGUGUAAUCUUAAAUGUUUAUAAUUUCAGA